UUAGAUCAUUCGGUAUUUCGUUUCUCCUUUUUUUUUCAGAACGCUUGUGACAAGAGUCCCUACUGCGAAAAUAACGCAACUUGCCAGUCUGGAUUUACACUCAAGGGAUAUCGAUGCUUGUGUCCUCCUGGAUUCAAAGGAGAAUAUUGUGAAAAGGGUAUGAGUCUAAGUCAACACUUGAAAUGAACCUCUAUGAGAUUUUUUCUGAUUUUCAAUGCUGGUAUGACAACUGUUCUUUAGUUGCUGAAAGUGGCGUGAAUUUAUCUCAUUGUAUAAGGUGCUGAAUCUUAGAAUCUAAGAAAAAUUUCUUAAUAUAUUCCAUUUAGCGUGUAUAAUGUAUUCUUCGUUCGCUCGUUUGUAUAUUUUAGUUUUGUUUUGUUUUGUCUGCUUGUUUGUUGUUUUUUUGUUUUGUUUUUUGUAUUUGUAUUUGUUUUUGUUUUUUUGUUUUAUUCUUUUAUUUUUUUUAUUUACCUUGAAUGUUCGACGCCUUUCCAAGGCAAAAUAAGAGCAGUUCAUUCGUAUGUCGAGUACUUAAUAAAGUAACUGCGAGGAGAGCUCAGAAAUAAUAGCUUAAUAGAAAGCUACGUACGGCCAGAAAACUACUAAAAGCAGGAAGCUUCAAAUAAAUUGAGGUUUUCGUGAGUUGCUGAGUUGCUGAGUUCCUAUGGCUGUUUGAUAGAAAUCAAAAUGCUUAUAUCUGUAAUGGAUAUUUAUUCAUGUAUUUUUUUUUUUUUGGGUCAUUCUUUCUUUCUAAUUUUACGACAGAUAAAUGUGAGGCAUUCAUUGGCAAAUGUCACAAGGAGGCUACGUGUAAUAACACAAACGGAUCAUACGUGUGCAUAUGCAAAUCUGGAUUUAUCGGAGAUGGGCAUAAUUGUACAGGUAACCUUCAUUAG